AUGGAUGGAUGCGGGGCAGCGGGAUCGUCGGGCAGCGGGAUGAUGAGGCUGCUGCUAAUGGCCGGGGCACCGGCGGAAAUUAGAGGGGAAGGGGAGGAAAGAAGAUACGACCAGGGGCGCCGAGCUGCCGAUUUGAGGGCUCUGCUAAGGCAGGAGCUAAGGACUUUUAUCCAAGGCCCUGGCCUAACCCCGCGGGUGCGGAGCUUCCUCCGCAGCUUCGCGCGGAGGCCCCGCUCCCCGGACUACGUUUCCCAGCGGCGCCCGGCGGGGGCGGGUCGAGGCGGGGCGGCCCGCACCGCCCGCCGCAGCAUGGCGGGCCCCGAGCGGGCGGCUGCCGAGCGGGCCGACAGGCUCUUCGCGCUGAGCGGCCUCUUCGCCGUCUACAAGCCCAAGGGCCCCACCUCGGCCGCGCUGCUCAACCGCCUCAAGGAGCGGCUGGUUGCAGAAGCUGGCGUGCAAGCAAACAAGAACAAGAGAAAGAAGCAAAUCUUGAAAAUUGGGCAUGGUGGAACUUUGGACAGUGCAGCUACAGGAGUUUUGGUGGUUGGUAUUGGAAAAGGAACAAAAAUGCUGAGCACUAUAUUGGCAGGUUCGAAGAAAUACACUGCCAUUGGACGACUGGGCAAAGCUACUGAUACUUUAGAUGCUACAGGAAAAGUAACUGAAGAAAAACCUUAUGAUAAGGUAACAAAAGGAGAUCUAGAAAGUGUGCUGCAAAAGUUCACAGGGGACAUAAUGCAAGUUCCUCCACUCUAUUCUGCUUUGAAGAAGGAUGGAGAAAGGCUAUCAUCUCUGAUGAAGAGAGGAGAAGCAGUUGAAGCAAAGCCUGCUCGGCCAGUAAAAGUGUACAGUCUCUCUCUCCAACACUUCCAGCCACCACUGUUCACACUGGAUGUUGAAUGUGGUGGUGGCUUUUAUGUCAGGAGCCUGGUCAGUGAUAUUGGCAAAGAACUCUCUACCUGUGCCAGUGUGCAAAAGCUGACCCGAACCAAGCAGGGGCCAUUUACGCUAGAGGAGCAUGCGCUUCAUGAAGACAAAUGGACAAUUGAUGAAAUUGCACGAUCCUUAGAGCAUUGCAUGUCUCUCCUCCCCGGAGAGCCAUCUCAUAAAAAAUUUAAGACAGAGGAUCCUGGAGAAACUGUUGUGAGCUGUGAAGAUAAGUGAUAAGUUGGGUCAAGGAGAAGGACCGAAUGAUUGAGACAUUUUAAGAUUGGAUUGGGAUUGUCUUGCCUCUCGUGUAAAUUUACAGGCCUGUAUUGGGAGGGAGACAAACUGCAAGGCAAUAAAAAUGUUUCUUUUCUCUAGUUUUAUUUCCUGGGCUAGAAUAUGCACUGAAAAUGCCUAGUGCUUGCUGCUUCCCAAUCUGUUUAUUUCCUUUGUUGUACACUGUAAAUGGGUCAGCUACUAAUAUCACUUCUUCAAAGACCCUCUAGGAUGCAAUAUACCUUUUGUUACUAAUUUGUCAAUAAAAUUAAGA